AUUGGUUUACGUCAUUUGGGUUAUAAAAGUCGAAAAUCCAGGCAUGUGGUCACUAGUUUCAGCCUGUACUAGCUGGUAGCUGAAGAACAACUGCUUGUCCUGAUUACUGGUGUUCGACUGUCUCUUCAAAACUUACACGAUGCUGAGAGUUGUGAUUCUGGCAUUGGCCGUCUGCUUGGCGUCUGCCAGUAUGGAGGCCAACUGGGUCAUCUUUAAAGCCAAGCACAACAAAACCUACACAGGGGACGAUGACGUCAUCAGACGGUACAUCUGGCAAUCAAACCUGAAGACAAUCGAAGAACACAACGAGUUGUACGCCAAAGGUCUCAAGAGUUAUUACCUCAAGGAGAACAAGUACUCGGACAUGAGUGAAGAUGAAUUCAGAGCAACCAUGAAUGGAUUCCGCCCGAAGCAACCUUUGACCCCAGGCAACUACGAGAGCGGUCUAUUGAAGGACGUCCUGCCUCCAUCCGUCGACUGGAGGAAGAAAGGCUACGUCACAAGAGUCAAGGACCAGGGCCAUUGUGGAUCCUGCUGGGCGUUCUCCUGCACGGGGGCUCUCGAGGGUCAACAAUUUAACCAGACGGGCAAGUUGGUCGAACUGUCCGAGUCCAACUUGGUCGACUGUUCCAGUAAAUGGGGAAACCACGGCUGUGCUUAUGGUUAUAUUGACCAGACAUUUCAAUACGUCAUUGACAACAAAGGCAUUGACACCGAGGCCAGCUACCCUUACGUACCUGAGGAUGAAUCUUGCAAAUUUAAUUCGUCGGAUGUUGGUGAUAAGAUCAGAUCUUUCGAGAAGGUGAAGUCUGGGAGUGAGGAUUCUCUAAUGCAAGCAGUGGCCACGGUUGGACCAAUCAGCGUGGCUAUCGACGCUAGCUCGUCAAGCUUCACGAGCUACGGCGGUGGGGUGUAUGACGAGCCCGACUGUAGCAGCACAGACCUGGACCACGCCGUACUGGUUGUAGGCUAUGGCACCCAGGACGGCAAGGACUACUGGAUCGUCAAAAACAGUUGGGGCACCAGUUUUGGACUCGACGGUUACAUCCUGAUGUCCAGAAACAAGAACAACCAGUGUGGUAUCGCCACCUGGGCUAGGUAUCCCGUCGUGUGAAGACAUUGGUCCAGCCCACCUAGAGAUGUCUUAGGUCAAGUGCGAUCUUAAGUGCUGUACUUAAUAAAUGCAUGUCACUACUAAUAUAAUCUAUAAUAUCAUCUUAAUUACAAUGUGUAUACAAAAGAAACAUUUCUAUUAAAAUAUCUUUUA